AUGAUGCAGCCAGGCAGAAGACCGCCAUCAGGUGGAUUGAACUUGGAUAGUAGUGACGACGAUGAUGAUGACAAGAGAAAGAAGAAGGAUGGUGCAAAGAAGCCACCACCAUUGAUGCCCCCAAUGAAGGAGAUGCCUCCACUGCCUACAAUAGACUCAACUACAUAUACAUUGUUUACACUGAUGAUACAGCUCAAACAACGAAUGAAGUACUCACCAUACAAUCUAAAGAGUAGUAAAGAUGUUGUCAAAGACAAGAUAGAAAGAUACUCAAACAAGUAUAAAGGAGAUAUAACACAACAAUCAUCUAUUGAACAUUCACUGCCAAUACAUCUUGGAUACUUUCCACUGGAACUUACUACUACACGAAAGAGAAAGAAGAGAAGAAACAAGGGUCAGUCAGCAUUGAAGACUCUAGAUGGCAUGAAAGAGGAUGAAGAAGGCGAGGACGAUGAGAACAAGAAGAAAGAAGGCGAUGAGAUGGAUGGCGAUGCAGAUGAAGAUGAAUCAGAUAUGGAGGAUGAUGAAUAUGAGAACCAGAAUAAUGAUGUUGAUGAUGAUGAUGAGGGUGGAGCAUCGUCUGAUGAAGGUGGAGACGAAGCCAAUUUCAACUAG